AUGGUCUAUUCGCCCGUCGUCGCUUUAGGUUUUCUGGGCGCUCUGCAGGGCAGGAGCGAGGUCUAUUCUCGACAGACAAACGCGACGGGCUGUGCGACGGGCGUGCACAUGAUUGUGGCCCGGGCCAGCACCGAGCAGCCGGGCACGGGAGUCAUUGGUGCCAUCGCGAAUGGCAUCCAGUCGCAGAUUCCGGGAUCCGAUAUUGUCCCGGUCGACUAUCCUGCGCUACUCAACCCCUACCAGCCGUCGCAAAAGGCUGGCGUCACGGCGAUGACGAAGCUGGUCCAGGACUACGCCAAGGCGUGCCCCCAGACGAAAAUGGUUCUCAUGGGAUACUCGCAAUACGUUCCGGGUGAUAUCGAUGGAUCUUUACCAGGCACUGACAUGAACUUAAUUGCCGCCGUCGUCCUCAUGGGCGACCCAAGCCACGUGACCGGGCAGCCCUUCGAUCAGGGAACGAGCCAGAAGAACGGCAUCUUUCCAAGAACCAAGACUGCCGGGUGCGACGCCGUCUCGAGCAAAAUGGCCUCCUUCUGCAACAGCGGCGACCCGUUCUGCGACAGCGGGGCCAACAUCCAGGUUCACCUCAGUUACGUCCAGUCGGAUGGGGACGCAGCCACAAAGUUCAUCAUGUCCAAGGUCGGCGGCGGCGCUGCGGCAUGA